CCUCUGUGGGACAAGGGACAAGGGAGGGAGAGGUGGCCACUGGUGGUUUUAGGGAAGGUGACUUAGCUCGGCAGCAGUAUCAGCAAAGCAGACUUAGUGAGCGUGUGUAGGAUCACACUGACACGAACACACACAGCCAUGGCAGCGGGCACGGCGGCGGGGGACACACAGAUGGAGGAGCUGGUGGACCACGGUCUGGGGAUGGAGGAGACGGCCCACGACCUGCUGGAGAAGUCCCCGCUCAGGGAGACCUACCACAGUGACACCCUGCUGGCCCCCGACACAGACUUCAUGAUAGAUGACCGCAGUUCGGCGGCCAGCGGCCUGGAGGUGGCUGACCGGCUGACCUAUCUGGAGCAGAGGAUGCAGAUGCAGGAGGAGGAGAUCCAGCUGCUGAAGAUGGCUCUGGCUGAUGUCCUGAAGCGGCUCAACAUCUCCGAGGAGCACCAGGCCACUGCCAGCAGGAGGGCGUCCACAGGUAAAGCCCGACCAGUAUCUCUCGCUCUGCCCCCCAAAGCGCCCAUGGUGACCUCCACUGUUGCCUCUCUGAAGAAGAGCACCACACUGCCCUCUGCUGUCACAGCCAGGAACUACACCUCGUCACCAACACCCUCCAAGAGUACUCCGAGGAGCCCGGCAGGCAGCGUGAAGGACGGUCCGUGUAAGACUGCCAAACCACGGCCUGCCUCUGCAGCCUCUGCCUCCAAGAAAGACAGCAGCAGCAAGUCCAAGGAUCCUGCAGUAGGUCUGGGGACAAGACGUGUCAUACACUGCAAAGUGACUAUGCAGAUCUAUCUGAGCCCCCUCGCAAGAAGGACUGGGUCUUCUGACACCGCCAAAUCUGCGCCCACGGUGCCUGCCAACAGUGGGCCCAAGAGCGUGCCAGCCACCCAGAAGUCAAAGACGAGCGCUAAAACGCAGUUGAGGAAAAUGACCCCGACCUUUACCUUAAACCUGCAGAAAACCACAACCAGUCAGAGCACACCACUGGACACACCAAAAAGCAAAAGCCCCAUCAAAUCCCCCAGCCAGUACUUUCAGAUUUGUUACUGAUGUGCAGGAGGCAAGGGAAGGAUUUAAAGGAGAUGGGUGGAGUGUCACGUUUUAAUUUUCUCCCAAAUUAACUCCUGCCAUUUACAGCACAAAACGUAAUGAUUUAACUGAUUAUAGAAUUCAGGGGAAAAGUGAAAGGGAGAAAACCACCUGACGUCCACCUUGCUUGACACACACAGGCACAACAUAUGAGACUUUCUUCCAGUGUUUCAAACCAACACAAUAAUUUUGAAAUGCUGGUGACCUGUCCCUUUAAUAUGCCAUGUUUAUGUUUAUUUAUACUUUUGAAUCUUUGAGUUGAUGGCACCUACUACACCAAACUAGACUCUGAACCCGGUGGGAUCAGACUGGACAGAUCAGACUAACUUUUUAUUUACUUUCUUGGGUUUUGUCCGACGAUGCGUCAAAGAUGUUGCUGAAAAAUUUUUACUCUUAACUGCAUUAGUAAUUUAUUGUUUUCAAAUUGUCAGCAAUUUGGGGGUUUUGUUGGGUUUGGGUUUGUACAAUCUGAAAAUUUACUGCAAUGUGACAUAUUUUCAAUGGGAUUGCUUUGUAUUGUGAGACUGGCACUACUUUGUUUUUUAUUUAUUUUUAUUUAUUAUUUGGCGUAUGGGAAGUUUUCAUUUUAUAUUGCAUUUCUUAGGAACGUGUGCAACCACAGCAUAGUCUUAGUUCCAUUUCUUACACAUUUGUUCCUGGACUCUGAUUCUGUCAUGGGAUGCCUCUACUUAAAAUGUCUCCUCUUUUAUCUGUGUGAUGUCUCUAAGUGGUUUGGCAAUUAUAGGGCAUGUACCAGUAGACAUGGUUGUCUUUGUCUUUGACUGUCUCAUUUGAGGACUUAAUAUGUUUUUAAUUUAUGAGUGUUCUCUUCUCAGUUCAGGUAGAUGAAGGUGUGCCUCAGGCAUAGCUAAAUAAACCUAGUAGAAUUAA